GGGAGGUGGCUGUGACCGCCGCGGGUCACUUCCUGUCCUGCCUCAGAGCCGGCCUCAGCCCCAAGCUAGAGCCAUGUCCGACCUCCACGAGCUCUGCUCCGGCCUCCCUCUGAGGCCUCUACCCGAGAACCGAGGCCGCUGGGCUGGGGUGCCACACGCCCCGGUCAGGACUCCGGGCCUCACCCCUGCAGAGGAGGAGCUGGCCCUGAGGAACGCGCUGCGCUACUUCCCCGCCGACGCGCACGCGCAGCUCGCGCCCGAGUUCGCCCGGGAGCUGCGGGACUUCGGCCACGUCUACAUGUACCGGCUGUGCCCGCGCCGCCCGCCCCGGGCCUGCCCCAUCGAGCAGUACCCCUGCCGGACCAAGGCGGCCGCUGCCAUCAUGCACAUGAUCAUGAACAACCUGGACCCCGAGGUGGCCCAGUUCCCCCAGGAGUUGGUCACCUACGGCGGCAACGGGCAGGUGUUCAGCAACUGGGCUCAGUUCCGGCUGACGAUGUCCUACCUGGCCAAGAUGACUGAGGAGCAGACUCUCGUCAUGUACAGCGGCCACCCCCUGGGGCUCUUCCCCAGCAGCCCCAGUGCCCCACGCCUGGUUGUCACCAACGGCAUGGUCGUCCCGAACUACUCCUCCAAGGAGGAGUACGAGAAGCUCUUCGCCUUGGGGGUGACCAUGUACGGCCAGAUGACCGCGGGCAGCUACUGCUACAUCGGCCCUCAGGGCAUCGUGCACGGCACGGUGCUGACGUUGCUGAACGCGGCCCGGCGCUACCUGGGCGUGCAGGACCUGGCGGGGAAGGUGUUUGUCACCUCGGGGCUCGGCGGCAUGAGCGGGGCGCAGGCCAAGGCGGCCGUCAUCGUGGGGUGCGUCGGCGUGAUCGCCGAGGUGGACAAGGCUGCCCUGGACAAGCGCCACAAGCAAGGCUGGCUGAUGGAGGUCACUGACAGCUUGGACCGCUGCAUCGAGAGACUCAGGCCUGUGCCCGCAGGCGCGGACGUGGGCAAGACCGGCGCCGGGAAGACAGACUUCCGCUACCCGUCCUACGUCCAGGACAUCAUGGGGGGCCCCCAACACUGCGCGGAGCCACCGCCCUGCGCGCUGCCUCGGGUUCGAGGCCCGGCCUCCGCCCUGCGCGCGGCCUCGGGUUCGAGGCUGCCUGCCGCCGCCCGCGACGAGGGCUCCGUCGUCCCUGCACCUGCCGGUCCCCGAGUCUGCCUGGGGUGGGGUCGUGGCUUCCCUGUGGAUGGGCGUGGCUUCCCUGUGGAUGGGCGUGGCUUCCCUGUGCAGCCGGGGGCGUGGCUUCCCCACGAUGACAGGCGUGGGCCUCCCCGCACUUCUGCAACCCCGUUCCGUGUGGGGCCGAGGCCGGGGGACGGGGGGGGACACCCGGCAACCCCGUGUGCCUCUUCUUGCAGGGGCGAGGUGAUUAACGGAGGCUUCGGCCUCGUUUUGGACGGGACCGCGGAGGCCGAGCAGAAAGCGAGGAUGAUGCUGAGCUGGGACGUCUCCAACGGCGUGGCCCGGCGCUGCUGGUCCGGGAACCAGAAGGCGUACGAGACCAUCUGGCGGACCAUGGAGGACGACAGCCGGCUGGAGGUCACCCUCCCGCACGAGGUGGCGGACGACGGGGUCAUCCGGCGGGCCCUGCGGCCCUGAGUCCCCCUCAAGCUCCCCUGGCCUCCCCGGGAGGCCCGGCCUCACCUCUCUCCCUGCCCGCACGCCCUCGCUGCGCCCAUUUCGCGGAUGGGAACACUGAGGCCCGGAGAAGAGAGGCCGGUCGGUCCGACCGUCCACCCUGCCCUCACUUGGGAGCCCGGGAGUGGGUGGAGGCCGGAGACAGCCUCCUUCAGGGCUGAGUCCCCCAGCCUCUAGGAUCUUGGCCGUCCCCCCACCUCCCCAGCCCCCUGCCUUCGGGAUCUUUCUCUGUAGCCGGGCGGGUCCCCACCGUGUUUUCCCCGAAGAUGAGACCCACCCGUGUGGCCCGGGGCGCCUGUCGUCCCAGCACCCAGGGAGGGGGGAGGCCGGGGCGGGAGGAUCGCCACUGGAGGUCGGGAGUCGGAGGCC